GUUACACCGGCACUAUAGACCAGCAGGAACAAAAUACAAGCGCAUAUAUCAUACUUUCAAUUUGUGUUCUCCAGAUACAUACCUGAAAAGAAAAACAAAAUACACUGUAGCAAUGGGGUCACACUGGGUUUGGUUCCUUGUUGUCGUAGCCAUAGCUGAAGAUGCCGUACAGUCGGCCGAGUUCAGGAGAAUGGCAAUGGACAGCCAGCGUUAUUUUUCCAUGGCUGUUCGUAACAAAGACCAGUGUCACCAGCUCUGUGUCUCCCAAACCCUGUGUGCCUCCUUCAACUACGACGUCAGGGAGAGGAUCUGUCAGCUGUUUACACAGUCGUCAGUGUCUGGAGGCAGCCUCGUCCACAGGCCACACAGCGUCUACGUGCAUGUUCCUCGAGAUGUUUCGUCUCGCAGGUCGGGUUCCUGCAGUCAGAGGAAGUGUAAGAAACUCGACGUCUGUGUCAGUACUGGACACGUCCAGCACGUGUGUCUGUCGGCAGUUGUGGAUUGUGGAGACCCGAGUAACUCACCGAACACUCUUGUCAAGUACAAUUCCACUGUGUUUGGCUCAGUCGCCCUGGUGGAGUGUCUCGAAGGAUACCACUCAAACAGCACUUCUUCCGUGUGUCAAGCCAGCGGUACCUGGUCAGACUUCAGCCAAUGCUUAAGGCCAACAUGCGCGUCGCCUCCAUUGCUGCCCAACGGGAACGUGGUCUACAGGUCACUGCUGGUAGGAAGUGUCGCUAAUUACACCUGUCACAGCGAUUACCAAUUUGUUGGACUCAGUCCGUCAAGUACUUGCAACCUAACUGGAUCAUGGAAUGGACUCAGCGGCUCCUGUGAACGUUUUGCCUUCCACAACCUAACCUUGCCGUUCUCGGAACCGAUUCCUGGAAUAGUUCAUUCUGGGUGGAAAGUGGAAAUCUUAGGCACCCCCACUAGUCUGCAAACAAUGGUAUUUGAAUUGGGAUACUCAGGUUACAUCGCCCUUAAUGUUGGUGUCCGCUUCCGGCAAGGUGCUAGCAUCAAUGUAGUGGUGCUAAACUCACGCGAUCAGAAUGGAUGGGGCCAAGAGAGACGACCACCGUCUUUCCCGUUCGUAGUAGGAAUGCAUUUUAAUGUGACAAUCCUUGUGAACCAUUUUUUUUUCCAGAUCCAUGUGGAUGAAUCACAGUUUGCUCUCUGGAUGAAUAAUGUUAACAUCGCGCUGAUAAAUAAAGUAAACAUUCGUCUUGCUUGUCAAAUUGAUUCAGUUAAAAUGUUCAACUGACAUGUAUUUUCAAUUUAUAUGGCAUGACUAACGAUGUUCUUUGCCAGGCUACAGCUGGGUUAUCAGAUGUCUACCCUAACAGUUUGUUAUGCCCAGUGGUUUUAGCACAUGAUAACCUUUCAUACACACAAGGACUCUCUCAGCCAGUAUUAUAUAUAUAUAUAUAUAUAUAUAUAUAUAUAUA